UAUAUGUUAUUUCAUUAAAUUAAAGUUGAGGCAUACACAUGACAUAAGAAUAUGCUGCUUGUCUGCAACCACAAUAUUAAUUACUUGCAGCCAUGCAUAUCAAGGCCAACUCGAGAUCCCUGCUUGUUUACUUCAUCUGCCUGUUUUUGAAGACCAAUCUCUCUUUUGGAAGUGAUACCAUCUCUGCAAGCAAAUCCCUCUCUGGAGACCAAACCAUUGUCUCUGCAGGUGGAGUCUUUACUCUCGGAUUCUUUGAUCCAGGUGAUAAUUCUAAAUUCUAUUUAGGCAUGUGGUACACGAAAAUAAAGACCCAUACUAUAGUAUGGGUGGCAAAUAGAGAGCAGCCAGUUUUAAAUAGAUCUUCUUCUGAGCUGAAAAUCUCUGAUGGUAAUUUAGUUCUUUUCGAUGAGUCCAAACUUCGAAUUUGGUCCACAAAUGUGAGCUCCACCAGUUUCUCCCCAGUACAAGCAGUACUUGGGGAUAAUGGAAAUCUAGUGUUAUUGCAAAGUGAUGGUUCCAAUUCUUCAAAUGCUUUAUGGCAAAGUUUUGAUCAUCCUGCUAAUACCUUGCUUCCUGGUAGUAAAAUUUCGUACAACAAAAUAACCAAAACCCACCAAGUUCUCACUUCAUGGAACAAUUCCAUAGACCCUUCCCCAGGCCUCUUUACUCUUCAGCUAGACGAAACCGACAACUCGCGUAUCAUACUUCGGGAUAAGUCUAAAAAUUAUUGGAAUGGACGCAUUUUUAGCUUAUUCCCUGAAACGAGGCCACAUUAUAUCUACGAUUUCAAUGUUGUAUCGAAUGAAAAUGAAAGUUAUUUUACAUAUUCGGUUAAACCCACUUCUACAAUCACAUCUCGAUUGGUGAUGGAUUAUUCUGGGCAGAUUAAGCAACUAAAUUAUCUGCCUGAUAGUGGAUGGAAUUUGUUUUGGUCUCAACCGAGAACACAAUGUGACAUUGAUGCUUUCUGUGGGCCAUAUGGCAUUGGCAGCUGCAAUAACAUGUCCUUGCCCUUUUGUAAAUGUUUGAGGGGAUUUAAGCCCACGUCUCAGAGUUAUUGGGAUUUGGAGCAGUAUUCUGAUGGUUGCACAAGAGUAUCCAAACUUAAAUGUGGUAACGACAGCCUUCAUGAUGGUGAGAAAGACAGAUUUUUAGAGGUGCCCAACAUGUUAUUACCUGACAAUAAACAAUCUUUGGAUUUAGGGGACUCCGAUGAAUGCAAAUCAAGGUGUCUAAACAACUGUUCUUGCACAGCUUAUGCCUUUCACAGCAAUAGCUGUUCAAUUUGGCUAGAAGAUGUCACAAAUCUGAGGAAAGCACCGGCAGCAGGUGACGACAGUACCACUAUCUAUGUUAAGCUAGCAGCUUCUGAGUUUCAGGAUCAUAAAAACAGUACGGGUGAAAGGACCAUCCUCGCCCAGGAUCAUAAAAACAAAGUGAUCAAGGUUUUGAAGUCGAAGAUACUCUAUGUUGUCCUGGGAAUUAUAGCCGCUGCUAUUCUCAUCGCUUGUUCUGUUUAUUAUCAGAGAAGAAAAAAAAAGAUCAAAAGUCAAGGUGACAAAAAGGAAACUUCGGGAAAACAGGUAGUUGGCUUGUAUGAUACUGAGAAACAAAUCACCAACUAUAUAAAGUCAUGCCAGUUUAGAGAAGAUGAAAGAGAAGGUAUAGAUGUGCCCUUUGUUGAUUUGGAAACUAUAGUAAUGGCUACAGAUAAUUUUUCAGACGCAAACAAACUUGGACAAGGAGGUUUUGGCCCUGUUUAUAAGGGAAAAUUUCCAGGAGGUCAAGAAAUUGCUGUAAAGAGGCUCUCAAGUGGCUCAGGACAAGGCUUAGAGGAAUUUAAGAAUGAAGUUAUGUUGAUUGCAAAACUCCAGCAUCGUAACCUUGUCAAACUUUUGGGCUAUUGUGUCGAAGGAGAAGAAAAAUUAUUACUGUAUGAAUAUAUGCCCAACAAAAGUUUGGACUCAUUCAUAUUUGAUCAAACACUAUGCGUGUUGUUGAAUUGGGAGUUACGCUUUGACAUCAUAUUGGGAAUCGCUAGAGGUCUUCUUUACCUCCACCAUGAUUCAAGAUUAAGAAUUAUCCAUAGGGAUUUGAAAGCAAGCAACGUUCUAUUAGAUGAAGAAAUGAACCCCAAAAUUUCUGACUUUGGCUUGGCAAGGAUAUUUGGAGGCAAACAAACUGAAGCAAGCACAAGAAGAGUAGUAGGAACAUAUGGAUACAUGUCUCCAGAAUAUGCAUUAGAUGGGCUUUUCUCGAUUAAAUCCGAUGUUUUCAGUUUUGGUGUUAUGCUUUUAGAAAUUGUAAGUGGUAAGAGAAACACGGGAUUUUACCAAUCUGAACAAGCCUUGAGCCUUCUGGGAUAUGCAUGGAAAUUGUGGAGAGAUAACAAAGCAUUGGAUUUAAUGGAUGCAACGUUAAGUGAGAGUUGCAACACAAAUGAAUUCAUGAGAUGUGUUAAUGUGGGGCUGUUGUGCGUGCAAGAGGACCCAAGUGAUCGUCCCACCAUGCCAAAUGUGGUGUUCAUGCUUGGGAAUGAAACAGCAAGCAUAUCAAAUCCUAAGCAACCAGCCUUUGUUGCGUGGAGAUCUGUUUCUACCUUUGCCUCUCCUAAUAAACCAUUAUCAGUUAUUGAGUUAACAACUAGCUUAGAGCAAGGACGAUAAGUGUAAGUUCUUCUUAUUAUCCAAGUUGCUUUCUGUGAAACAAUUCAUAUCACACAAACAACAUGAUAACAAUUUGUCCUCUUUUUUAUUUAUAUUUUUAGUUUUUGUCAUCCUCAAAUUUAUUUACCCUGCAUAUGUUUUGGAAAUGAAGAGUGCUUUCAAAUUUUUACGAA